AGUUUAAACUGCUUGUUUCCUCUCCUCUUGCAUGGACACUGGCUCCUCUCUACAGCUGAGAGAUCUCCCAUUAUCACCUUCAAUAGCGCCCUCAGUGAAACGCCGAUUAGAUCAGCCGCCAGAGUCAGCCGGUAGCCGCACGCCCGACAGAUCUUUAGAAACGAUGGCUCUGAAAUGGAACGAUGACUUGAAUGAAGAGGAGCAAGCGAUGGAGAGCGGCACUGUGCGGAGGCCUACGAGGGAAGCUCCGAUGAGCCCUUGGAAGGCCCAACUGUGGAAGAUCGAAAGUUGGUUUAUUAAGCAUGUUUGGACGAUUGUUGCUGUGCUCACAGCUGUUGGUAUCAUUUAUGGCUUUGUUGUGGUGAUGUCGAGGAUGCUACCGCAACAGAAUGCAUUUCUGGCGAGGCAUGGGCCUAUCACUUACAAGGUCGUUUUUGACGCGGGGUCGACUGGCUCUCGAGUGCAAGUUUUCAAAUUCGAGAAAGUUGGAGAGAAUGUGAAAUUAGAUCCGGUAUCAGUAGAUGCUCUGACGUUCUUCCAGAAGGUCGAUGGUGGCCUGUCGGACUUCGCGGAUGAUCCUGAAGGUUGCAAGAAGGGUCUGCGAUGGCUUGUAGACGAGGCGGUAGCUGCUGUUCCCGACGCCAGAGGAGCACAAGUCGUAGUGAGCGCCACUGCAGGUCUCAGGAUGCUCCCUGCUGAGAAGGCGGAGAAACUCCUCGAGGCUACCCGAGAAAUGAUGAGGGAGUCCCCUUUCGUUUUGAGAUCUGAUGAUGACGUGUACAUUAUGGAUGGUAUCGACGAGGCGAGGUUCCAAUGGAUGACGGUUGACUUUGCCUACCGAUAUGCCGGCCUUCCAAGUGCCGUUAUUGACCUAGGUGGAGGUAGCGUCCAACUGGCGUAUGGUAUCAACAACAAACAACUGUUGUCUCCUGCAGUGAAGGCUGAGUACGGCUCCUAUUUGACGCCACUCGAUAAGACACGAAGCCUCUACGUCCACAGUUGGUUGGGAUACGGCUUGAAAGCUGCGAGGAGGAAAAUAUUGGAAGUUGAUGUCAACGGCACCAACCCGUGUGUUGUGCCCGACUCCGGCCUCCCCUCCGUCUACGAAUAUGCUGGUGCCUCGAUGAAAUUAAUCGCGGAUGAGAAGGAUUCCACGACGCGAGCUUCUAGGUGUAUCGACACCAUUAAAACUGCCAUGAAUUUAGCUCAGCAGUGUGGCACUGACUCUGACAGAUGUGCGUUUGAUGGGAAAUGGCUCGGUCCAGUGACGGCCAAUCAGUACACCUUCCGCCUAUACUCGUACAUGUUUGACCGUGCAAGGGAGCAUGGUCUUAUCCCCAAAGGGGAUUUCCAAGCUGUCGUCACUGUUGCGGAAUUCAGGACCCUCGCAGAGAAGCUCUGUACUGCAGGAGCCAAAGGUGACCCUUGGGCCUGCAUGGAUUUGACCUAUAUCCUGACCUUGUUGACUGAUGGCUUUGGGCUCGGCGACGAUCAAGCCGUGGUCGUGGCGAACAAACUACAGUAUGGCGACUUUCAAUUGGAGGCGGCCUGGCCUUUGGGUGCGGCCAUUGACAGGCUGAAUGCUCCUGAUACGACUUAAGAAGCACUGCUCUUGUUCUCUGUGUUAUAGCUUUAGUAUCAUA